CCUUAACAUGGUAACCAAAGUAAACAAACUGUUUGACAAACUACCAUUUCGUGUCAAGCUUAGCUACAGUGCGGUUAUGGCAAACAUCAUAGGACUCGUAGGCAUUGGGGUAUCUGGAGUGGCCCUUCUUUUUGCCAUUAUAGCACUGGCGGCCGAGAAAUGGGAAAUAAUCGAGGUAACAUCCACUAUUGAUUAUGAGGUCGGAUUGUGGGAAAUAUGCUCCAAAGGUUCUGCAACAGAAACCUGUGUAGAUAUUGAUGAUGUUUCUGCAGCUUUAGCCACAGACGAGCAAAAAGACUCUGUCAAGGCGUGCAAGGCAAUGAUAUUUUUGGCUAUAUUCGGAAUAACAGGAGCUGUUGUGUGCGCAGUGCUUGUGAUGUUUGUAAUGAAGGAUCAACAGAUGCUGCUCUUUGCAGCUGGAGGCUUGAAUUUCGCGUCAGGACUUUUCUUGAUGAUUGCUAUGGCAGUAUUUGCUGAUAAAGUAAAAAGAAGCGGAUCCGAUUUUGGAUAUGGGUUUGCCCUGGAUAUAGUUGCUUGGCUGGCUGCAUGGGCAGCAGGUGGAAUACUCAUUGCUGCAAAGUUCUUGAAUAAAGAGUAGCGAUGAAAAAAAAAAUCGAGAUUGGCAGUUGUCCGAAUAGUAAUAAGUCAUUACAAAAAUAAUCUAUAAUCAUUGAGACAAUUAGAAUAACAAAUCUGGAGUGAUCAAAUCAUCUCUGUUAGGGAAUCAUUGAAUCAUCUCUAUAAAACAAAUAGAAUAAAGAAAAACUAGAAUAAUUAUAUGACACAGAAUUAUAUGUCUUCUAGUAUCAAAAUUUCUUUAUCAUAUUCAUUUCAUGUAAAGUGUUACAACAAUUAUCAUAAAUAAUAAAUGUAGUGAUAUAAGUUGUAGUUUGUUCUAUGUUAUGACUUGUUCCUCAUUUUAAAAUAUUUCAAAUUUAAUAUCUUUAUUUGUACAUGUUGUAAGGCGUAUAUCAUUUAAGAUGAAUUAAAUAAAGAACUGAGCUUUUG